AUGGAUGAUAGCAAAUCAUCUCAUGUCUCCAAGAAAGAUGAUGACUAUCAAGGAAAGGGAGGAAGCCACUAUGACAAGUACAAGAUUGAGUGUUACAGAUGUGGAAACUUUGGUCACUACAAGAGUGAGUGUUACACAAAGCUGCCAAAAGAGAAAGGAGAAAAAUCCAACUUUGCUGAGAAAAAGGAGGAAGAGACACUUUUGAUGGCCUUUCAUGCACUGGAGGAGUAUGACCAAGAAACAUGGUACGUGGAUACUAGCUGUAGCAAUCACGUGAGUGCAAGAGACUGUGAAAUGUAUGAUCCAAAGAGAGGCUCUAUUGCUGUGGUAAAUGAUUCAUGGAGAUGGCAUUACAGAUAUGGUCAUUUGAACCUUAAUGGUUUGAGAACACUUCACCAAAAGAAGAUGGUCACAGGCUUACCUGAAAUAACUCCUCCAUCAAAGGUUUGUGAAGAAUGUAUCACUAGGAAACAUCAAGGAGAUUCAUUUCCAAGUGGAAAGGUAGUGAGGGCUCAAUCAGUUUUGGAGGUAGUUCACUCAGAUCUAUGUGGACCAAUUAAUCCAAUCUUGAAUGGUAACAAGAAGUAUUUCAUCUCUUUUAUUGAUGAUUUUGGUAGAAAGACAUGGAUUGAGGAGGGGAGUUUUGCUCCAAGGAGUUUGAUUUGUUUUGCAAAGAAAAGUGCAUCAAGCGACUUCUCACCAUUGCUUACACACCACAGCAGAAUGGUGAAGCCCUCGGUUGAUCAUUUUAAAGUGUUUGGGUGCAUUUCAUAUGCACACAUCCCUGAUGAGAAAAGAAAGAAGCUGGAUGAUAAGAGUGAAAAGUGUAUUUUUCUUGGUGUAAGUGAAGCCUCAAAAGCUUACAGGCUGUACAAUCUAGUGACAAAGAAGAUAAUGAUAAGCAGGGACGAUGGUGAGGAAGAAGAAGUACCUGCAACUCAAAUCCAUGAAUCACCUCAACUUGUGGCUCAACCUCAUCAAAAAUCAGAAGAAGAAAGAGGUUGCAACUUGAAGGAUGAAAACACAAGGAAGAAGCUGGCAUGGAUGACAGAUUAUGAUUUAGAUGUGAAAUCAGCUUUCUUGCAUGGCGACUUGCAAGAGAAGGUGUACAUUGACCAACCACCUGGUUAUGAGAAGAAAGGAGAGAAAGAGAAAGUGUACCAGCUGAAGAAAGCACUCUAUGGACUGAAACAAGCACCUCGAGCUUGGUACAGUCGCAUAGAUGCUCAGUUUACCAAACUUGGAUUUUAA